GCAAAUUCUGGUUAGUGAUAUUAACGGUCAUGAUCACUUAACCUCUUCACCACAUAUAUCUUUCUUCAUUCACUUACUUCUCAAUCUCUCAGUCCAUGACCGGCGACGCUCACAAUAUUAUUCAUCUCUGCACUCUCGAUUCAAUUUUCCCUUCAGAUUACUGACCUCCGGUGUCCUUACAGAAUAUGGUGGGCGUUCAGGCCAGCCUUCCUUGUACUUGGUCAUUUGGGGGUAACGAGUGCGUUUUAAGAGGACGGUAUCGUAAUGUUCCAUGCUUUAGUGAUUCGGGUGUAGGUCCUUCUGGCAGUAAAUCAGUAUUUUUCCAGAAACAGUACAUUGUACACGGUUCUUGUAUAGGUAAACGUUGGCAUCAUAUCUGUUCAAGUAAGAUGGAUGAUGAUGCAAAAAGAAAUGAUUCCGAUGACAGUGCAAAUGAAGACGAGUCUUCUGAUGGUGAACCUGAAUCAGUUAACAACGAACUCAUAAGAGAAAAUCUAGAAAGAAUUAUGGGUGCAGAUGAUUCUGCUUUUUCUGGUAUUGAUUUGGCAACACUUAUUAGGAAGAAAUACGGACGCUCCUAUGAUGUUCAACUUAUUAAGAAGGAAUUCAUGGGUAAAAAUCUUCUUGCAAUGAAUGUCAUGUGGAAGUACAUGGAGCAGAGAUCGUUUCCUCUUACUGAAGAAGAAUACUUGUUGAGGCUUGAUGACGUGGCAAAUACAUUGAAAUGUUGGGGAGCUGUCUCUCAUAUUCGGAACAGCUUGGAAAAAUUGAAAGAACGGCCUCGAAUUGGAAAGGCAGUCAGCAUCUUUAUAGACAUGGAUGAGACGGGAGGGCGCACAAAUGAAUGGAUAUACAAGUAGAUAACAUUUCAAAUAAGUCAUACAUGAAUCUAUGUGAUCCUGAAAGCCAGAAGUAUAAAAGGUAAUCGAGGGAUGAUGUUUAUAUAUUUUGCUCACUAUCUGUCUAUAUUUCAAAAUUUUAAGGUAAGAAGAAAUGUGAUUCUGUUAUAUUCUUUGUAACUAAUAGUGUUCAUUCUAAGUGAUUAUGCAGUUGUCACGAGUUUGAUAACGGAUUGAAUGGUC